ACGCGCCGCCGCAGGAUAUUAGCUUACACAUGCGCCACAUGCACAGUCCACUCACUGCAUGCUCGAUUCGUUAAGAUGAGUAAACAAGCCCGGAAAGUAUGGCGAGAUCUGAAUGGCUUGUUUGCUGUCUACAAACCAUCGAGCUUGCAACCGAAAGACGUUAAGCAAAUGGUACAGAGCGUUCUCAUUGAAGAUCUAAACAAACUGGAACUGCGCCCCCAGAAGUCCCUUGCGAAGGUUGUCCAAGAUAUAGUGAGAAUUGAUGAAAAUCCCAGUGCGUUGACUGAAGUGAGGGUUCCCAGCUACACUGAGCAUGUGCUGGUCAGAGGGCCUUUAUAUUCGGACAUCAAAGUUGCUGUGGUCUCAGGCGGGCUGGAUGCAAAAAUGUCUGGUGUCAUGGUUUUAGCUGUGAAGCUUGGCACCAAGGACAUAGAUACAUACCAUACCACACUAAUGUCAAAGACCUACACCAUCAAGGGCCAGUUUGGUUUUGCAACAGACAACCAUGAUGCUGAUGGAAAAAUCUGGCAAAAAUCUACCUUUGAUCAUGUCACCCAAGAGAAGUUUGAGAGGGUCAUCUCAAAUAUGCAGAGGAGCCACCAGAAGGUAAUGUUAAGGGAUACUUUGUAUGUGUUGUGAUGCGGCACACAGUCCCAGAAUGCUGCGCAUAUUCCGGUCUAUUCACAAAGAGUUCAUCAGGCACAGUUGCAUCACCUACCGGUACAUGUGUUGGUACAUGUAAUUACUGGUUCAGUACAUAUGGAUUGCGUAUCAUUUUGCUCACGUGGUAGCUGCUAAUUUUGGGAAAGUGUAAGGCUGGGUCCGAAUCACUAUACUACGGCCUGAAAUAAACGAGUGUAUGGGAAGAGAGCUGUGGGGACGAGCAAAGCCAUAGCCAAGGUGGUUGACAACAUUCAUGUGACAACAAACUUUCAGCAUGCAAAAAAAUUUGCUAUUGGUAUUGAAAUGGUUUUCAAAAAGGCUUAAUUUCAGCUCUCUCGUACAGAUUUUUUAAAAUGAGGUGUGAAACGGUAAUGAUUCUAAUUUAUUCAUCAAGUUUGUUUCUGUAAAUAAAUAAUAGAAAAUAUAAAAGGAAUAUAAGAUGGGAGAUCAAGUUUACCAUUGUUCUGGAAUCAACUUGUUUUAUCUGGUAUGGUCCAAUCAAAUAGGAUUCAUGUUGUUUGGCUAGGAAAAGGAAAUGCAGAAAUCUAUUUUCUGUAAAAGUGAAAAGAAUUUUGCGAAUUUUAAACUCUGUGCACAGUCCAAACUUGUGAAAUGUCAUGUAAAUGUACAUGGAAGGAAAGCAUGUUUCUUUCCAGAGACUUUUCAUCUUAUGUAUUUUGUGUUCUUGUUCCAAACAUACUUUUCUCAUUGAAAAAUGCUGCAUUAGCCCUGAUUGUCACAGAUCUUUUAAAAUCCAAUUGAUUUUAAUAGAUUUAUAAAAAGAAGCUACAAGAACCACUUUUAAGUUUGUGUGGGACUUGAUGGCCCUGGAAAGUUGACGCUCAAAAAAUGUACCAAUGGGUAAUAUAAUUGCAAAGUGGGGAUUUUGGAGGAUUCAGGAGGUACCAAGAAAUAAAUGUAGGGCAGUAAGGUUUCAAAAAUCCUUUGAAAUCAUUUGGAGACAGAAAAAUGGCCAUUGCGGCUUGUGUCUCUGUAAUCUGAUCACACCAUUAUUGAUGAAUUGGGUAUGUAUUAUUAUUAUCAUGGUUAUUAUAAUUGGCAUAUUUUUUUAAUAUAAUUUGUUUAAUUGCCACUUGUUCGCAACCCUCAACCUUGAAAUACAGUAGAUUCCCGUUACAGCGCGCCCUGAUAUAAUGCUCCUGCCGAUAUAACGCUCAUUUUUCAUUUCCCCGACUGCGCUCCCAUUCAUUGUGUACAUUUUCCUGCGGUUACAGCGCUCCCGUUUACAACGCUUUUCGGGAUAUAGCGCUCACUAUUUUAGGACCCAGGAACAAUAUAAAACAUGUAAAAUGAUUCCUGUUAUAACGCUAUUCACCUUGGAGUGUCAGAUUUUUCGCAGAUUUGACGAAACCCGCAAGGAGCGGCGCGGUCUGCCCACUGACGCCACGUGGUUGCACACACUAGAUGUACAUGUACAUACAGUCCAUCAUAGCAUCACACACACAGUGGGUGUACGUACGGUACAUGUACAUACUGUAUGUGCCGAUAUGCAUGUAGUGUUCAGGGCAUAUCCAACGGGUCCGGGUACAGACGGUGAUUAAUAAA